AUGGUGGCGUCUGAAUAUAAGAGGUAUCUCUGUUUUGAGGACGGCUUUAGGAAUAACCUGAGGGUGCUGAUGGCUCCGCAGAGGGAGUGUGAGUUUGCUGUUCUGGUCGAAAAAGUUAAGAUUGCUGAGGAUGUUAAGCGUGCGGAGCGCCAGAACAGGGAUCGCGAGAGGGGUAAGAACAAGAGGGAUUCAAUGCUCUCGAGUUUGGUGAUGAGGCCUAAGAGAAAGGCCAGACCUGAUGGGCCAGUCAGAGUUGGGGCCCUUGUUGCACCUACUGGGUUCUCACCUUGUAGGCAUUGUGGUAGACGCCAUCUGGGCAAGUGUUGGAGGACUAUUGAGGCGUGUUUAAGAUGUGGGUCAACUGAGCAUCAUACUAGUGAGUGUCUAUUGAGGACUGAUCAGAUGCAACCUAUGAGUUUAGGAAAUGCACAGCCGUCGAGGGUAGUUCAGCAACCACUUAGGGGCCGUGGUCAGGCCAGGGGUGGUAACGUCAUGGGCCGUAGACAAAAAGCACCGGGUAGAGGUGCUGGACAUACUGAGGUGAUGCAGCCUACUCUUGUUUAUACUGCUCUUCACCGAGAGGACCGAGAUACUCCAGACGUUAUUACAACACUGAGUGAGUCUGGAUUGUUUGUCCAAGAGGGUUGUUUUGAGAAUCGAGGGGGAAGACGAGGUAGUCGUAAUUGGGAAGCGUCGAAACUAAUUUUCGAAUGUGUUUCUGCUUUGAGGGCGAAAAAGUUGGUGCGUAAGGGAUGUGAGGCAUAUCUAGCCUAUAUCAGUGUUUCUAAUUUGGGGGAUUCUUCGGUUAAGGAUAUCAGGACGGUUAAGGAAUUUUCAGAUGUCAUUCCUAAUGAACUACUGGGUUUAGCUCCGAAUCGAGAGGUGAAAUUUGGGAUUGAACUUAUUCCAAGUAUAGCUCCAGUAUCUAUCACCCCCUACCCAAUGGCACCAAAGGAGAUUACCAAGCUUAAGGCUCAGAUUAAGGAAUUACUGGAUAGAGGGUUCAUCCGUCCUAGUUUUCGAGGAGUUUUGGUUUUCUCUAAGAUUGAUCUCCGAUCAGGGUAUCAUCAGUUGAAGGUUAAGGAGACUGAUGUGCAUAAGACGAUCGAUGAUAAGCACGAUAAACAUCUCAGGGUGGUUCUACAGAUUCUGCAAGAGAAACAACUAGGGAUUAGAGUCGAUCCUCGAAAGAUUGAGGCUGUCUUAGAUUGGAAGCAACCUAAGAAUGUAUCUAAGAUCCACAGUUUUUUUAAAUUGGCAGGGUAUUAUCGACGGUUUGUAGAAGGGUUUUCACUGAUCGCCGCACCCUUGACUAAGCUGUUAAGGAAGGGUGUGCCAUUUAACUGGGCUGAUUCGCAGCAAGAGAGCUUUGAGAAGCUCAAGAUUGUUCUGACUCAAGCUCCUGUUCUGAUACAGCCUAAACUCGGUAAAGAUUUCGCGAUCUACAGUGAUGCUUCACACGUUGAGAAUGGUGGCACUACUGAUUUUGGGGUAAGCAGUAAUAGGGUACUUUGUUUCCGCGGUCAGAUUUAUGUAUCGAAUGAUGAGGAUUUAAGACAUUCAAUUCUGAGGAAGAAGCUUGUUGAAUUGUAUGUGUCUGAGAUAGUGAGACUACAUGGGGUACUGAUUUUGAUCAUAUCUGAUAGGAAUCCUCGCUUCACGUCUCGAUUCUGGAAAAAGCUACAUGAGGCUCUGAGUUCAAGUUGGGAGGAGUAUUUGCCGUUGGCAAAGUUCGUUUACAAUAAUAGUGAUCAGUCUAGCCCUGAGUUGGUCUCUAAGAUAGAUGAUAAGGUUAGGUUGAUUCGAGAUCGACUGAAAGUGACAUCAGAUGGGCAGAAAUCAUAUGCAGAUAUGAAGAGGCACAAGAUCAGACGCUACCUCUCUGAUCCUACGCAUAUUGUUCCAGUUGAAGAGAUUGAGGUUCGACCAGAUCUGACCUUCGUGGAGGAGCCAGUUCAGAUUCUGGAUCACGAUGUUAAGGCUCUAAGGAGGAAAUCUAUUCAUUUAGUAAAGGUGUUGUGGCGAAAUCAUAGCACUGAGGAGGCCAUGUGGGAGCCUAAAGAUACGAUGUGUCAGCAGUAUCCUCAUCUGUUUUGA